AUGGCAUUAUUUAAUGAAACAUUAAAUCAUCCAGAUUUUAAUUCAUCCACUCCAAUUCAAACUAAUUUUGAGCAAGCCGAUACAAAUCAAGGUUCAGAUGCUCCAAUUCGCUCCGAAAAUUCAAAUAUUGCAGACUCUACAGAUUUAGAACCAGAAAAUCAAAACCAUCCUUCUACAAAUCAAAUGUCUAGUAAUCUAGAACAUAAGCUGGACCUUCUUGAUCAUAUUGAAAAACAAUUAUCGAAAAUGCGCUCGUUAUUGGGAAUUCUUCCUACUACAAAUGCUAUUGUUGGGCCGUCAAAACAAGUUUCAGUUAAUAGCAAGCAAAAUUCUGAAAAAAAUAAGAAAAAAUCUUCCAUAACAACAAAAUCAAACAAUAAAAAACAAAAUUCAUCCGACAAUCCUCCUAAACGUAAAGCUCCUAUUUCGGAAAGGAUUCUCAGCGAUAAUAACUUAUAUUUUCAAGUUCAUCGAAAGAGAUCGAAAAGCAAACGUUCCACAUCUACAGAGAAAAAGAAUUGA